AGGGCAGCAGGUGCAGUGUGUGCCCAGCCUGGUGACGGGCUGCAGCUGCCCCGCCACCCGCUGCAGUGCGCCUGGCUGGGAGAGCUGCUAUAUUUACUACGUGAUAUGACAGAUGGACAGAUGUGUGACCCACUCCUUGGGGCUGUUCUAGAGUUCAUUAGGGCCGCAUGACCUCACCGCUGCAUCAGUCGGUGGACCGUACAACUCGCCACACCCUGCUGGGAUUGAAAACGAAGGCGGGAAACUAGCGGCGAGCGGACCAAUGGAGGCCGGGAACGUAUUGUUUGGGCGUGACAUCACCACCACCAUGGCGGCUGACAGGCGGAGAGGCACGCUCCUCAUCUCACUGCUUAUUUCCCUCCUAAUUACCCAGAUUUCGGCGAAGUCCAGCGUGAUAGACCUCGAUGAAGACAACUGGCACCAAAUGCUGGAGGGGGAGUGGAUGGUUGAGUUCUUUGCUCCCUGGUGUCCAGCAUGCAAGGCCCUCAAGCCAAUCUGGGCAGACUUUGCAAGUUGGAGCGAUGACUUAGGUAUCUCUGUAGGCCAAGUGGACGUCACCACCUCGCCUGGACUCUCUGGCCGCUUCAUGGUCACUGCUCUCCCUACCAUCUACCAUGUGAAGGAUGGGGUAUUCCGGCAGUACCGUGGCUCAAGGGACAAAGAUGAGUUCAUGAGCUUCAUUGAGGAGAAGCGCUGGGAGGAGGUGGAAGAAGUUCCUGCUUGGAAGUCUCCAGCCUCAAUGCAGAUGUCCAUUGUGGCUCAGUUCUUUAAGCUGUCUAUGGUGCUGCGCUCAGUCCACUCUGUGCUGGUGGAGGAAUAUGGCCUGCCCACCUGGGGCUCCUACUUAGUGUUUGCCCUUGCCACCAUCCUGGUCGGUGCACUCCUUGGCCUGAUUUUGGUGUGCAUCAUUGAUUUUGUGUUCCCGCCAAAAGCACCAGGACCAUCUACUGUUGUCACCAGUGCUGGACAGAAGGCAGAUGAUGAUGAAGAAGAUUUGGUGGAGGAUUCAGAAGUAAGAGCAGAAGCCAACAUGAAGGAGGAGGCACCUCAAGGAGAGCCACCUGAAGGAGGAAGGAGUGACAAUGAGGCAGAUGAUAUUGAUGAGAGGAGGUCAGGAGCCAGUGAUGGAGAAGGAAAGGAAGACUCCCAAGCUGAAGAGGACAAGGACUCACAAGCUGGGGAUGAGGAGGAGGAGAAGGAUGACGACCAGCAGGAUGACCUCAAAAACUCUCCGGAAGUCCGUCGCCGCCGCCCUAGGAAGGACUAACGUAUUUAGGCUAUCUAGGUAAGCUUUAUAAACUUCACUCUUCCAGUUUGUCCAGAAGCAAGCCUGUUAGGCAAAUCUAGUGUUUUCCUCUAUUUCUUGCUUAAACAAUGUUAUAUGUAUAAUUCACUGGAACUUGUCAACUUCAAUAUAUUUAAGCAAUUUAACAAAUGCCAGUGCAUGUCAGCCAUUUUGGUUAUACUGUAUUCCACUAUUGAAGAAUACCAAUGGCUUUUCUUUUGUUUGGAAAUAAAUGAGUGUUUAUAACAGGAACUUACUACUUUCUUGGUUGCCUAUCCAAAUGUCUUGAAUAUAAAAAUGUUUCAUGAUGAAAGUAAACUAUUCCUAUACUUAGUAGUGCAUCAAAUACUUUCAUCAGGUUUUGUUUAGAGGCCUAGGAGCCAAGAUGGAUUUUUAAUUUAGUCCUAGCGUGUGUCUGUGUGUGUGUGCGUGUGUGUGUGUAGGCACGGUUUUCUGCUGCUCCCAUUUGUAGGGAUGUCAGUCUGUUAUGUAGAAUAGAUAUUCUUGUAACAAGUUGGCCUCAUGGUGAUAGUAGAGCAUGCAAGAAGGGCUUGAUAUGAUUUUUUCUUUUGUAUUAUGACUACAUAGAGCUUAUGUAUGACACUUGACAUUAUUUGAGUGUUGUCAUAAAUUUUUAUGAACCUAAUCCAAAAGUUCUUUAGGAUUUUUUUUUGUGGAACUGCAAACAAAAUAGAAUUUAAAUGAAGGAAAGUUGACUUUCCUCAACUGUGAAAUAUCAUUUUUCAUGAAUAAAGAUGUUUGCAGACCACUAUUUUUAAACCAGUAUUUGCUCAUUAUAGUUUAGCUUUGAAGUAACCAGUUUUUAACCAUUAGUAAAAUUGUCAGUUAAUAAGUUAGUGAUUUCUUUACUGCUCUAUUUACUUUUGGGUUUUAUUUAUGAAUGCAAUUAUUAUUUUCAUCCUACUGGACCGUACUGAUGAUAAAAUAGGAAUACCUUUCAUAAGACUAAAAAUCUGCUGUGAGUCACCUGUAGACUGAUAAGGGACCCUGACACUGUGUUAAACUUUGUACCCAAGGUUGUUGUGACCACUAAGUCGUAUUAUAUUUAAUGCAUCGGAAACUUGCAAAGAUUUAAUUUCACCCCAUUAAAUCACAGAUGGAAAGUUAUGGGGGUUUGUGCAUGUGUUUGUGCAAUGGUACUCUUGCUUUAACAUGAAAGGUCUUUCCUUUUCAUUUUAACCAACAAAUAGUUUUGUGAUUGAAGAUUCAUUAUGUAGAGCUAUUUGCAUGACCUUAUAAUAUAAAUAUUAUAAGUAUAUAUUAUUUGAUAAAUAUUAGGAUCAAAACCCAAAGUUUACUCAGUUAACAGAUUUCUGUUGCAGAAUUUAAUGCUAAAAACUGAUAAUUUUGGUAUGAGCAAGACUCCAGAGUUUUCAGUAAUUUUCUGGGAACAGUUAUUUGGCAACACACCUUCCUGGUUGCCUGACACCAGAAUUACACUUCAUUUCAAUAGUCUAAGUAAUUAUCAUCUUGUUCCAGUAUUUUUCUCAUGUUUGGUUUGGCAUUAUUACAAAUAGUAAUGAGUUCAUUAGUAAUAUUGUCACUGAAGACAAGCAGAGAAAUUCAUUUCUUGCUUAUGGAUUUCCAUUAACAUUUUGUGAUAGUUGUUUUUCCAGUGUUACUGACUUUAUUUAUGUUGUAAAUUAGGCACAAAUGUGAAGAUGUACUUAUUUUUCAGCUGUUCAUCCUGUGAUAUAAAUUUUAAAUCAAACAAAUUUAUCUACUACCAUGUUUCUGGAGAAUUGACAGUGAUGUGCUGAAUGUUGCUCAUAAAUUGUUAGUGGGACGUAGUGUUGGAUGAUGACUUGCUUAGGACUACACUAGUGCCUGACUGAAUAGUUAGGAGUAUGCAGGAUACACGUAAGCAGAAUACUAAGUAACUUAUAUCAUUGAUCACUAUGUCCUCUGAUAGAAUUAGUCGUACAUAUGGACUUCCAUGGCUCCUGUAUUUAGUUAGUUUUUUUAUGAAUAGAGAAACUAAAACAGAUUAAUAAAUCAUCCUCAUGUGAACAUGUUACAACUUCCUUAUCUUUUACUUAAUCUGAUAAUAUUCCAGCCAUAUCUCCACAUGGUUCUGAUUUCUGCAUGUCUCACAAACAAGGGGGAUAUAGGACAUCAGUAUGGGUAUUAAGUUCUAGACUUGACAGUGUAGCUUGUUAAUAAUUAAAAUAGAGUAGAAAUGGAGAUGUACAUGACUCUUGGCUUGAGGAACACACAACAAAUGUGGCAGAAGCCGAGUGACUGGAUCCAUAGAGAAAGGAAAGAAGAGUAGAUGAAGACAAGUCAGAGAUGAAACAAGAUGAACCUGCAGGCAAGACUUCAGACAUGAUGCAUUGAGGAAAGCAUGUUCAAUAUUGUGGUGGGGUCAAGAAUGGCCUCUUUCUUAAUUGAUAUGUAAUUGAUGGUGAUAAUUAACUUAUUGACCAUACAGGAUAAGCUGAAUAUGAUAACGACUAUCCCUGUCAUAUACUGAGCAUGGAUAUACUAUAGUGCCUCUAAGUAAUGGUUUGUGGUAGUAGGUACUCUGUAUAUGGGAGGACUUGCUUAUCAUUUAAUGUGUAAUCUAAAUUAUGCCAAGGAAUUUAGUGUGUGAAUGUCUAUCUGUCUGAAAUGUUUUGUCUGAUUUGUUACUGUAAGCACUUUCUUUUCCCUAAAUGAUUAUGUCAAUUAAUAUUUGAAAGUCAAGAAACUUCAUGCAAUAAUAUUCCAUCAUAAAAAUCUGCACAUCUCAAACUUGCAUGAGGAUAUUUAAGUUCAGGCAUGUUGGUGAGCAUGGAUUGGCAAAAGUAUGAUUUGUUGUGGCUUUUAACUUGUAUCACUCCUGAUUGAUCUGAGGUUUCCAUUAGGUGCUAUGAUAGCAAGUUGUGUUCUGAUCCAUUUUACCAGUAACCCAAAGGUGUAGUAUAGUCAUAUGUCCUCAGUAUUGUCAUGAUUAGUAGUCAGAUAACAUGCUGCAAUCAAUUUAAUUGUGUUUUGUUUUCACUCAGUCAUGCCCUUUGAUCUGCUAAUAUAUCAAUUGUCGGAUAAUAAGGAGAUUGCAAACAAAUCAGAGGACUUGCAAUUGAGAGAAAAGCAAAGCAUGUGUGAUUGCAUCAUAUUUGACUUCUGACCACGACUGUACCAGUAUGCACUGGAGCGGGAAACAUGCACAUGACACAUCAGUAUCAAGACACAUUAUAUAUAAUAAGUGUAGGGUGCCCUGUACUUAGCAAUCCAGGAAUUAAAUUUCAUGUUUAGUAGAUUAUAUGUGGGAAAUAAAUGUUUACUUAAAAUAUACAUAUGAGGCACUGCAUAAAAUUUCAUCUGCACCAGCAUUAAAUGUGAAAAAAAAGUAAAAUCAUGCAUACUUUUCUUUAUUUUAUUAAUGCUGAUGAGACAAAUAAUGAUUAUUGUUGCAUUACCAACCCUCAGCAGUGUGAUGUCAAAUCCAGUUUUCUAAUUUAGCAAUUACUCUGAACCUGGAAAUUUGUUGACCAUUGAUGAUGGGAGCUUGUCAUGGUUUCCCAGUUGGUUUACCACAUCCAUCAGUUAUUAUUAACUUAACACUGUGCUUCACAUGACUCAAUGUGCAUAAUUAUUUUAUAAUAAACACUUUUUUAA